GGGGAAUUGCCAGACUGGAAGCGAACCGGCGGCGCCCCGCCCACGCGCCGCGGCCGCCACCGCGGGGCGCCGGCGGCCGCCCUCACCCACGGCUUGAGCGGGGAGGUUUUUGGCGGCGGCGGCGGCGGCGGCGGCGGCGUGCCCGUCAUGCUGCUGGGGGCCGGCAGCCCUGGCGGGGCGCUGGCGCUGCUGCCGCUGGCGGCGGCGGGGCGGGCAGGGUCUGGGUUUGGGGCGGUGGACGGUGGCGGUGGGCCGAUCAAGCCGCUCCUGUCGUACGAUGACUUGUAA